CCAGUCCAGCACUCAAACCCGAGAGAGAGGUUUGCUCCAGGCAGGUAUCUGGGUCCCCGGGACAGGCCGGUGCUCACCGAAGAGACGGGGAACAGGAUCGGUAAGCAGGGGGGAGCGGCCACCGCAGAGCCUGUGGAGAAGAUGGCAAGCAGCCCCGAGAAAAGCUCCUCCGCACAGGAGCUCAAGGAGCAGGGCAACCGCCUGUUCCUCAGCCGCAAGUACCAGGAGGCCACAACCUGCUACAAUAAAGCCAUUAAUCGUAACCCGUCGGUAGCUGUGUACUACACUAACAGAGCGCUAUGCUACGUGAAGCUGCAGCAGUACGACAAGGCACUGGCCGACUGUAAACACGCCCUCGAGCUCGACAGCCAAUCGGUGAAGGCCCACUUUUUCCUGGGCCAGUGUCAGCUGGAGCUGGAGAAUUAUGAAGAGGCCAUCGGCAAUCUACAGAGAGCUUAUAACCUGGCGAAGGAACAGCGGUUGAAUUUUGGAGACGAUAUCCCAAGUGCUCUUCGCAUUGCCAAGAAGAAACGCUGGAACAGCAUAGAAGAGAAGCGAAUCAGCCAAGAAAACGAGCUGCACGCUUAUCUCAGCAAACUCAUCCUGGCCGAGAAAGAGAGAGAGCUAGACGACAGCGGGAAGCAGUCCGAGGACAGUCAGAACGGAGGCGAGAUCAGCAAGAUCAAAUCCAAACACGAUAAAUAUUUG